GCCAUUACAUGUCCAACUUAGCCUUUGCCACCACACCAUCUUCUUAUAUCUAAUUAAGCUGUAGCUUCAGCCACUACCAUGCAGCCUCUCUUUCCACCACCAACCGCAGCCGCAGCCGCAGCUCCGGCCACCACCGUCUUUGCUCUUCUAGAAGCCCUUCUAUUCUGCUCCCUCUUGCUCUUCUUCUUCUUCUUCUUCCUUAAAUGGCGGCACCCCAAACACAGACGCUUGCCCCCUGGUUCAAUGGGCUGGCCUUACAUAGGAGAGACCCUCAAGCUCUACACUGAAAACCCAAAUUCUUUCUUCUCCAACAGGCAAAAACGGUAUGGAGAUAUAUUCAAGACCCAUAUUCUGGGAUGCCCAUGUGUGAUGAUGUCAAGCCCAGAAGCAGCAAAGCUGGUUCUAGUGAGGCAAGCUCAUCUGUUCAAGCCAACCUAUCCGCCAAGCAAAGAGAAGAUGAUAGGCCCAGAAGCUCUAUUCUUUCACCAAGGACCGUACCACUCUCGGCUUAAGAAGCUGGUUCAGGCCUCCUUUCUGCCCUCUUCUCUAAGAGCAUUAGUGCCGGAGAUUGAGCAAAUUGUUCUCCAGUUUCUUCCAGCUUGGAGCAAUACCACCAUCAACACUCUGCAAGAGAUGAAGAAGUAUGCUUUUGAUGUGGCAUUGAUAUCAGCCUUGGGCCAUAAUCGAGACUCAGAAAUAGAAGGAAUCAAACGCUUUUAUCAUUGCCUCGAGAAGGGAUACAAUUCCAUGCCCUUGGAUUUCCCGGGAACACCCUUUCACAGAGCCAUGAAGGCAAGGAAGAAACUGAAUGAGACUCUGAGGAAGCUGAUACAAAGAAAAAGGGAAAGCAAGACAGAGGGUGGAGGGCUAUUGGGAGUGUUGCUGGGUGCCAAGGAUCAGGGGGAGGUGCAUCAGCUCACCGACUCUCAAAUUGCUGAUAAUAUAAUCGGAGUCAUAUUUGCUGCUCAUGACACCACUGCCAGUGUCCUAACUUGGCUUCUCAAGUACUUACACGACAACAGAGACCUCUUAGAAGCCGUCACUUUUCUGAAUAUUCAUAACUUGUUGCAGAAGGAGCAGGAGGAGAUAAGGUCUAGAACAGUGGAAGCCAAACGAGGACUUACGUGGGAUGAUACAAGGCAGAUGCCUUUGACCAGCCGGGUGAUACAAGAGACUCUGAGAAGCGCGAGUAUUCUGUCAUUUACGUUCAGAGAGGCAGUGGAAGACAUUGAAUUGGGAGGCUACAUUAUCCCAAGAGGCUGGAAGGUUCUUCCUCUCUUCAGAAGCAUUCAUCACUGUGAAGAUUUCUUCCCUCAGCCUGAAAGAUUCGACCCCUCCAGAUUUGAGGUGCCACCCAGACCGAACACCUUCAUGCCAUUUGGCAAUGGCCUGCACUCCUGCCCCGGCAGUCACCUCGCCAAGCUUGAGAUGCUCGUCCUCCUCCACCACCUCUCCACCUCCUACAGAUGGGAAGUGAUCGGAGACGACGACGGCGUACAAUACGGCCCUUUUCCGGUGCCCAAAGGAGGGCUGCCCAUCAGGGUACAUCAAAGAGCUGGUACUCCAUCAUUGAUCUGUUAGUUUCUUUCUUUUUCCUUUUUUUGUCAAGCGGAGGGAGGGGAAGGCCGAAAGCAUGCGUCACCCUAUCCAUAUCCCUUUUCAUGUUUUAAUUUUUGUCAAAUUUUUUCAGACUACGUUGUUGUUGACGAUAAUAUGUGCUUCAUUAUAAUGUACGUUUUCAUA